GUUGAGUUUCUUUUGUUAUGUCAGUGUCAAACUCAUACAGUAAUAAAUGUGAAAAUGGCGGCGGCCCUUGUUAGUUCGGCUCGUCAGGUGGGGAGGCUAACAAAUGCUGCCAGGCGUCUCUAUAGCGACUAUCCAAAAAUAACCACUCAUUAUACAAUUUAUCCAAGAGAAAAGGAUCCAAGAUGGAAAGAUGUGAACAUGGAACGCAUGGCGGAGGAGACUGACAUCCUCAUCAUUGGUGGAGGGCCAGCCGGUAUGGCGGCUGCUAUUAGAGCCCGGCAGAUUGCUGAGGAAAAGGGAGCUGAAGUAAGAGUGACCCUUUUGGAGAAGGCAGCGGAGAUUGGUGGUCACAUCCUGUCAGGAGCGUGUGUGGACCCCAUAGCCCUCAAUGAGCUGAUCCCAGACUGGCAGGAGAAGGGGGCUCCAAUGAACACCCCAGUCACCUCUGAUAAGUUUGGUUACCUGACCAAGUCUGGGAGGAUUCCGAUUCCUGUUUUCCCUGGUCUACCAAAUUACAACCACGGCAACUACGUAGUGAGGUUGGGACAUUUGGUGAGGUGGCUCGGGGAACAAGCUGAAGCUGUUGGUGCUGAGGUUUGGCCCGGCUGCGCGGCCGCCGAGUUGUUGUAUCGCAGCGACGGCUCCCUGAAGGGCGUGGCGACCGGCGACGUGGGUAUCGCCAAAGAUGGAAGCCCCAAGGACAUGUUCGAGAGGGGCAUGGAGUUCCACUCCAAGAUCACCAUAUUUACUGAAGGGUGUCACGGACAUUUAACCAAAAUGGUGUCAAGCAAGUACAAUCUGCGUGAGAAGUGCGAGCCUCAGAGCUACGGGAUCGGUCUCAAGGAGCUGUGGGAAGUGCAGCCAGAGAAACACAACCCCGGCCUUGUGGAGCACACAAUAGGCUGGCCUCUCGACAAGAACACGUACGGCGGUUCCUUCAUCUACCACCUGAAUGUGAACGAGGGCGAAGCCCCAUUGGUGGCCGUGGGCUUCGUGGUGGGCUUGGAUUACGCCAAUCCUUAUCUGAGUCCGUUCAGGGAGUUCCAGAGGUUCAAGUUGCAUCCAUAUGUGAAGCCUUUAUUUGAGGGUGGGUCCCGCGUGGCAUACGGCGGGCGGGCGCUGGUGGAGGGCGGCUGGCAGUGUCUGCCUGUCCCCACAUUCCCGGGCGGCGUGCUGGCGGGCGACUCGGCCGGCUUCCUCAACGUGCCCAGGAUCAAGGGCACGCACAACGCCAUGAAGAGCGGUAUGUUGGCAGCGGAGGCGGCGAUGGAUCUCAUAAUAGCGGGGGAGGCGACGCACGAGAAGGGAAUCGUGCCGACCUUGUACGAGGAGAAACUCAAGGAAUCUUACGUUUACAAGGAACUCAAGCAAGUACGUAACUGCCGACCGUCAUUCCACACCAAGUUGGGUUUGUUUGGUGGAGUGGCGUAUUCUGGGUUCUCCACCUUGGUGCGAGGAAAGGAACCAUGGACUUUCAGCCACGGAGGUGCGGAUUAUUCCAAGUUGAAACCUGCCAAAGAAUGCCAACCGAUCGAGUACCCCAAACCUGAUGGAGUCAUAACAUUUGAUCUUCUGUCUUCCGUAGCGUUAACGGGAACCAACCACGAAGCGGACCAACCACCUCAUCUCACCCUGAGAGACGACGCCGUUCCCGUGAAAAACAAUCUUGGAAUAUACGAUGGACCCGAGGCUAGAUUCUGUCCUGCAGGUGUAUACGAAUAUGUACCAAUGGAGACUGGAGACGGCCAAAGACUGCAAAUCAACGCACAAAACUGCAUUCAUUGUAAGACAUGCGACAUAAAGGAUCCUUCUCAAAACAUCAACUGGGUGGUUCCCGAGGGAGGCGGCGGACCCGCCUACAACGGAAUGUAAACUUUACCUCAAUAAUAUUAGAGCUAUUCUUCAUGAACGCACACUUAAGUUUCUGGACUAUAAAUAUAAUCAAAAUGGCGGCGGUUUGUGCAGUUGCUACAAUCACCGUACGUCCUUCAUACCUCAUUUUGAUUGAUUGUUUGAAAUAUGUAUAGGUCAAGUUACGUGCCGGAAACUGUAAUAUACCUUUCUUAUACCUCCAUAUCGGUACAUAUGUAAUUAGGAAUUUUUCUUUUCUAAACAUUCAUUUACAGUCAAAUGUUUACAGCAUAAUAAUCUCUCAAACGUUGUUUCUAACUUUGAACUUUAUUUUAGUACAUAAGUUCAAGAUUUUUGAGAUUCCGUUAUUCAUUGGCACGUGUAAAUAUUAUUUUAAGCUAGUCUGGUUUUAAUAAUUUACGACAGUUUUCGAAAUCAUAGAAUAAGCGAUGCAAAUAAAAUCAUAGUAUUUUUGUAUCGAAUAUAUGUUGUAUAACUGUUUUAGAAAUGUACAUAAUAUGAAGUUUAAGUAACAUUGUAAAAUAUUGGUAGGUUAAUCUUUUGGGUGCCUAUUAUUUUUACAGAGAAUAACUUCGUAUGUCGUGAUAUUGGAAAGCAAUCUUCGUACAAAAGAGAUGUGGGUUCAAAUCCCAUCAAACUAAAUCACAUAUUUUCAUGUAGGUAUUCACAUUAUUAUACAUAUAAUCAUUUUUAUUAUAUACAUGUUGAGUAUAUACUAUGUAUAGCAAUGAUUUAUAUUCAAUUUUAUAUUUAUUAGACAUUGCGAAAUUCUCAGAAUUCCUUCUGAAUACAGAAAAUAUUUGGUUUUAAUUUAAAUCUCAUAAGGAUUGUGAAAAUGGGUCCAAAAAUAACAGUAAACGCAAUGUUUAUUAGUCUACAUUAAGCAUAAAACCCAAAAUAAAUAUGUCGUAAAAAUCGUGUGUUCAUAAUUUCUAGCGAAAUAUAGAGUACACUAGUUUUAAGUGUUAUUUUGUAUGCAAGUUUACUAUAAUAAAUUAUUUUAAUAAU